GCCCUCGGUGGCGGCGGAGGGGCGGGGCCUGUUCAGCCCGGGCGGCGGGCGGGCUCGGGGCUCGGGGCUCCGGCGGUUCCGCUGGCCCGCCCGGCCCACGUCCCCCAUGCCGUCGACCGUGGCCGUCGUGGGGGGCGGCAUCAGCGGCCUGGCCGCCUGCUACUACCUGUCCCGCGUCCCCCGCCCGCCCAAGGUGCUGCUGCUGGAGGCCGGCGCCCGCCUCGGGGGGUGGCUGCAGAGCACCCGCACCGCUGAUGGGGCCGUGUUCGAGCAGGGGCCCAGGGGCGUCCGCCCCGGGGGGGCGGUGGGCACCAGCACCCUGCACAUGGUCUCCGAGCUCGGCCUGGAGGGCGACGUCCUGCCCGUCCCUGGGGACCACCCGGCCUCCAGGAACCGCUUCCUCUACACGGGUGGGGCCCUGCACAAGCUGCCCUCGGGCCUGGGGGGCCUGCUGUGGCCAACGCCCCCCUUCUCGCGGGCGCUGCUGUGGAGCGGGGUGCGGGACCUGCUGGCACCGGCCGGGACAGAGCCCGAUGAGAGCGUGCACGCCUUCGUUCAUCGCCGUUUCGGCCGUGAGUCCCCGCAGGUGGCUGACAUCGCCGUGGACAGCCUGUGCCGGGGGGUGUUCGCUGGGGACUGCCGAGCGCUGAGCAUCCGCUCCUGCUUCCCCACGCUCUUCGAGGCCGAGCGGCGCCGGCGAUCCGUCCUGCUGGGGCUGGCGCUGGGCUCUGGGAAGGAGCACGGGGCCGAGUCGGGGCUGAGCCAGCGGGCACGGGCCGAGAGCUGGAGCCAGUGGUCGCUGCGGGGCGGGAUGGAGAGCCUGGCCGAGGCACUGGCGGCCUUUCUGCGCCCGCGCAGCGUCGAGCUGCACUGCCACGCGCCCCUGCGCCGUCUGCGCCGCUGCCCCGACGGCCGCUGGCAGCUCGUGCUGGCAGACGGCGCCGUGACGGCCGAGCAUGUGGUCAGCGCCCUCCCAGCUGCAGCCUUGGCGGAGGUGCUGCCAGACGAGGCCGAGCCGCUGGCACAGGAGCUGCGGCGCAUCCCGGCUGUGUCGGUGGCCGUGGUGAACCUGCAGUACGAGGGCGUCACGCUGCCCGUCACGGGCUUUGGGCACUUGGUGCCCUCCUCCGAGGAUGCCUCCCUCCUGGGCAUCGUCUACGACUCAGUGGCCUUCCCCCAGCACGACGGCACGGGAGCCGCCUCGGUGCGGCUGACGGUGAUGCUGGGAGGCGCCUGGUUCAAGCAGAGCUUCGGGGACCCGGCGGCAGCAGCUCCGGCACCGCUGCUGCAGCGGGCGCGGGCGGCCGUGCGGGAGCAGCUGGGCCUGGAGCCGGCCCCAACCCGCUCCAUCGUCAGGGUGCACCAGGCCUGCAUCCCCCAGUACACGCUGGGCCACUGGCAGCGUACAGAGCGCAUCAGCCACUUCCUGGCGGAGCAGCGGCUGCCCCUCAGCCUCGUCGGGGCCUCCUACACCGGCGUCUCCGUCAACGACUGCAUCGCCAGCGCCAAAGCGGCCGUCGAGCGGCUCCUGGGGCAGCCGUGCUGAGCCCCAGCGUCCCCCGCCCCCCCCCAGCAAUCCAGCAGCCACAGAGCUGUAGGACAAAGUGGGUUGUUUGUUUGUUUGUUUGUUUGUUUUUUUUUUUAUUGAAAAACCCUUACAAAGGCCCAGGGAGCAGCUCAUAAAUAGAAUAAAUAACCGUGCGCUGGCA